AUGGAGAUGAAGAAAUGUAGUAUGAUCAUGAUGAUAAUGAUGAUGGUGGUGAUGGCAUCCAUACGAGGAGGAGAAGCAAUUAUAAUAAGAACAACAUGCAAGCAAAUGUGCAUCGACCAAUGUGGUGGCCGCAUCACUGUCCCUGAGACCCCUUGUCUCCGUAAAUGUCUUCACGAAAAAUGUGGCUUUCCAGCUCCUCCGUAA